AUGGGAGCGCACCGGCACAGGACUUCGACCGCUGUUGUUCUGGGUGCAGGGCAGGAUCAGGUUGAGAUCCUGGAGCAGGGGCCAGGGCAGCAGCAGGCGCAAGCGGAGCGGCCGCGCAUCACCACCCGCUACCUCACAAAGUACGAGAAGGCGCGGGUGCUGGGCACGCGGGCGCUACAGAUCAGCAUGAAUGCGCCGGUGAUGGUGGAGGUGGGGACCGAGACAGACCCGCUGGAGAUUGCGUACAAGGAGCUGCGCGAGAAGAAGAUCCCCUUCAUCAUCCGGCGGUACCUGCCCGACAACUCGUUUGAGGACUGGAGCCUGGCUGAGCUGAUCAUCCCGGAGCGAUAG